GUUUUUUGGCAUUCAAUGGAAAUUAUCUAUGUACUAGAUACUCUGUAACAAAAAAAUAAUAACCACAUCAAUCCAAUACUAAUUGGAAAGUAAUCAGUUCAAACAAAAUUAAAAUCAUCCCCUGAAACAUACAAAUAUGUGUAAUAAAGUCAAGGGCUUCUUUUGUAAAUAUCCGUAAUUUAUCUUCCAGAAAUAGUUGCAUUAAUUAUCUCUGUGACUCUGUCCCCAGUCUCCUUCCUCACAGACUGAUCCCUCUCUCUCCCAAAGUUGCAUUAAGUUUUAAACUAGUACAAAGUCUAAGCUUGGAGCUUCCACUUUGUGUUCUCCUUGAAAAGUUUUUACCUUUUUUCAAUCUCUGUUGUUGAUACACCUGUAAAGCUCAUAUUGCACACAAAGUGUUCGAUAAAAUGCCUAGCCGAAACAAAAAUUGCAUAUAACUGCUUCUGAGAAAACAAGUGAAAGUAUGUUACGGAACAUGAUGAUGCCUUGGAACAGUAGCGAUCACAAUGUAGUUGGAAUGUUAACAAGGCAUUUCGCCACAAAACCAAAACCCAAGAUGAAACCGAUUGAGCUGAACACACCACCGGAGCAAACUCAGACGAUAACCCGAGUGAUCUUUGAUAUUUUGAAGGAUCAUGGACCUCUAACCAUUGCUGAAACUUGGGAUCGUGUCAAGGAAGUGGGAUUAAGAGGGCUGACGAGCAAGCGUCACAUGAAGAUAAUACUAAGGUGGAUGAGAGAGAGACAGAAGCUGAAGCUGAUAUGUAACCAUGUUGGUCCUCACAAGCAAUUCUUGUACACUACUUGGUUCACUAAACACAACCCUUCUUCUAAAUUCCCCAAGUUACCACCGGAAAAUCUCACAGGAAAAUCCUCUGGCCACCCUCCUAAACUUCCCUGAGCCGACUCUGUUAAGUUUUAAGGCUUUGUUUCUUGAAUCUUCCUCUUACAGUUAUUAAUGAUCACCUUAGUAAAAUCAAUAGCACAUAUAUGUAGCCUGCAUCUGAAGAUUCCUUGUCUAGAUUCUCGUGACAAUUGAAUAUGAAAAGACAUGAGAUGAAAGUUGAUGUUGUUACAGUUGAAGAAUGUGUAAAUGAUACAACUGCAUACCAGUUGGUUAACUUUAUGUAUAUAAUCGAAAUUUCACCUGAUUCUGUUGUCAUAUUAAAA